AUGUCAAGUAAUCCGCGCCUUGGCAAUCAUGGAGCUGCAUGUAUUACAUCUGGAGCACCAAAUCCUUUUGUUAACGAAUGUUCUGCUUUAAUUGUUCCUCUAAGCAGCUUACAACGCUCAGUUGAACCUGGCUGGUUGGGUACUCUCGUAAUAUCUGUGCCCGAUGGGGCCGUGCUUCAAUCUUCGGGCUGCUUCACCAAUGCAGAUAGGCUGGCUCAACUAAUAAUAUCAAUGUUCCAAAGAGUUGGACGGCUCAUACAAUAUGAGCGAGGACACAAUUCUGAGCGGCCUCCAUUUAGACGCGUGACAAGUGCGUCAAAAGCAAUGCCCGGGACUUGUGCAAUCUUUGCUAUAUUUUUUGCAUAUCCAAUUUAA